UUGACAUAGCCUUUACGCAAUACAUUAAUAUUGCACCUUUGGCAGCAUUUGCUGACUCAGGUCUUUCUAAAUAUGAUGCCACAAGUUUGGCACAGCUGCAGUAUAUUUGUGCGGUUUCCCUUCAAUGCUAUUUGUGCCACUUCUUACGCUCAGCCUCCAUCAGUAGAUUUAAAUUACAGUGCUUCUAAAAUCGGCUGCUCUAUUCGAUUGUCAUUCACGUGAUCAAAUGGAAGAUAAGUCGGAGCUCAGUUUGAAAAUAAAAACAUAAUUCAUUAUUUGGCCCAUAAUGGAAUACGGUAGUGUGGUGCCUGACUAGAAUUUGAUUACAAGGGUGUUUUUUUUCUCUCUGCAGCCCCAAGGAAGUAUCCUUGAGGAAGGGAGUCAACCCUCAGUUGUUCAAUUUGUCGUCAGCGUGUGAAUGAAGCAGCGGUAGCAUACAUCAUCGUCAUUAUUAUGUGAACGGCCGACUGAGGUGACAUUGGAAAAUCACACCUUGAAGGCAAUGAGUCGCCGUACGAUUAAAGCCUGUCAUAUGGCAUUAUCUCCAGCACUCAGACCAAACGUCCGUCCAAUUUCUGAAGAAGUAUAAAUGAUUACCAUUUCAGGCCUAUUGAUAAUGUAGAUUCAUUAAAAAUCAAGUUCUGUGAAUGCUAAAAAAAUGCCCUAUACAGUAGUUAAACGGGAUAUUGUGUUAUUGUUAUUGCGAAGAUGGUCUGGAACGGAACGUCUGCAAUGGAGAGGCGUAACCGAAGCAAAAAUAAUCAACAGAAGGUCCAAGUGGACCUAGAUCGGUUGACUCUGAAGCAGUCAGGCACCGAUUAUGUGAUUUCUUUUUUUUUGAUUGAAUAUAAUACAGCAGUACUGGUGUGUGGCAGUGCAGAGGGAAGCGUUUGUUAACCACGAGAAAAGCUACCAAUUGCUUCCGUCUCGACCUCAUCAAAUGCGAUUGCUCUAUCAAUAUUUUAUUUUCUCUCUCGAGCAUCCCUGUAGGGACCAAUCUUAAUCCCCAUUUAAUGAAGGUCCCUCCUGUUGCAAACACAGCAUUCUAUCUAUUCCAAUCACCCAUCUUAGGAAAGCUAGUUGUACAUAAAUGCAGCAAAUGACCUUUGUCUUUCUUAGAAUGACUAAGUUACAAUUGAAGAAAAAAGCCAAGAACAAAAUGAAUGAUGAGGCCAACUAUUUCUGACAGGACCAUUAAGCCGCUGCUUCCUCAUUUGAAACUCGCGAGUUGAUGCACUACUUGCCAAAUUCCCAUCGUGGUACCCUGAGUUCUGAAGGUUAAACCCAUUUAAAGGUCGAGAAAUUUGUUGUUUGCGUGCUUCCAACAUCUGUCUUUGCAAUGCACAGACACUGCGACAAAAUUUGUUUGCCUAAACACACUACAGUUUCCCUGGCCUUGAUGCUAAUAUUCCCUCUAAUUUUAUUCUCCGAGCAUUCCUUGAACCAUGGUGAUCAACAUCAGACAUGCACACAUUGACUGUAUCACACCUGUCCAAAACCUGAGAUCAUAUUAAGUUACACGACUGAGGUAUGUUACCAAAAAAAAUAGUGAAGAAGGAUUUGUAGCACAGAUAAAAUUCAGAAUUAAGGAUUUUAUGCACUUUUAUGUUGUGAUUUGGCCGAAAUUGACUUUUUCAGAAAUCUGCAAGUAAAUAUAGGAAUUUACUCAUAUGUUUUAAUAAAUUAUAGCUUAAAUGACUGCUACUUUAUUAUACAAAAUACGUAUAUGAAUUGAAGACAAGAGUGAUGCUUUUCAUUGCAAUAUGUGACAAAUGGUUGACAAGGUCAAACGGUUGCAUAUUAUGAUUACUAUAUUAAUCGCUUUAAAUGUUGAGCUGCUUCAUUUGCUGAUAAUUUCCACAAAUCUUUAGAUGAUGCUAAACAUUAAUAGUCAAAGUUAUGGCUGGUAAAUGACUGCAUUCAUCAUGGGCAUCCAAAUGACUAUACGCCGAAGAUGAAAAUGCAAAAUUCCAAUACAGUUCAGGUUUUAAUUUUAUUACGGCACUGUAUACAUUUGCUAUGCUGGCUCUGAGAGAGCAGUGCGCGGUUUAGAGGGAACAUUUCUUGACGCAUGAAUUACUGUAUUAAUCAUAUAAGGGUAGAAACUAUGCACAUGCUAAUGUUAAUUGCCUUCGUGACCACUAAAUUGCCUGAUAUUGAUGUAAAUCAUCCUCUUUCACGUUUACUCAGAUUUAUUUUCCAUUUAUAUAUCCAUCCACCUCAAAACACUUAACGACAGGCUUGCACUGACAACUGUAGCCAAGCAAAAAGGAAGUUCUGCCUCUUGACUGUGUGUGUGUGCGCGUGUGUGUGUGUGUGUGUGUGCAUGCACCCACCCUCUGAUUUAAUUCAGAUGAAAGUUGCCGCAUUCUGUCAGAGCCCAGUGUGACUGGAGCCACUGCAGAGAGAGAAGGUGCACUGUUCUUGUCUCACCUCACACGUGAGAACAGCAGUGAUUAGUUAGCAGCCACAAAGGUGCAUUUGUUUGGUGAUAUCUUUGAGACUGGCUGUGAUUUAGUGGCAAGUGUGACGGUUUUGGUAUUGGAUUAACAGAAAAGAUUCGGUUCACCGGGAGGGUUCAGCAUGUGACUUCAAUUAAUUGCUUACAAAAAGUAGGAAUAAUGCGUCGAAUCUUUUGUCAUAAAAUUGGUCGUCCAUGUGGAAUUGAUUGUUGCUUAACUCAUUCACUGCUGUGGGCGUUUAUAUACUUCAAUUGGAAUUUAACAGUUUACUGACACCAAUUUAUGUAUUCAUCAAGUAUGUUUUUUUUAAUGGGUUAUUAUUGAGUUUGGAGACUUAGCUUGGAAUAAUAAUACGUGUAGCUACGUAUCACUGAGAUCAUUUCUCAAAGGCAAAACAACCCACAUUUAUUUAGGUGAGGUUUCCAAAAGAUGCAAAGUGGAUAUAGACUGGUUAUCAUUAGAUUAUACAUUGAAAUUGUGUAAAUUGUCCAGUUCUGUUAUUUAGUGCAGUUAUUUUGUCCAGCUUCAUUUUUAUAUUCCGCAUGAUAGAAUAAAAGAAAUGUAUGCUCUCUGUCAGGAAUAUUUGUAAAUGCCAGAAAGUUUUUUUCCCUCCAAAUUGCAUUUCACUAAGAUCCUGUUCAUUGAUGUGUGAAUUGCGAAAACUGUUUGUCAUGAUUACUUGACUCGCUCAAUAUUGUUGUGGAACGGAACGGAAUAUUGAGUACAAAAGAUGAAUGAACAGGUAAUAUGACCGAUGAGGCCUGGUCUUUGGGUUUGUGCAAUUUGUGCAUCAUUUGUUGAACUCAACUUUUAUAUUCUUACAAAUGAAUCCAUAUGCAAUGUUGUUAAGGGCUGCAAGUGCCAAGCUCAUUUCUUAACAGAUAAUCAAUGUUUUUUUUUUAACUAUUGAUCAGCUUCCAAUCUGAUACAACAUUCCCUAUUUGUAAGGCACCGCAGCACUGGUGUGAAUACGUGAUGAUGUAGAUUAGAGGCAGAUGGGAUCUGUCAGCGCAAAUGAGACCAAUAAAGAAGCAAGUUGCUUUUCUGCAUCUAGCCACUAGAUAUUGCUAUUGAGGCUGCGAGAAUUUUAUUUAUCACGUGUUUUGGUCCUUGGGACCUCUGCUAUUUUAAAAUAGAACCCUCUGAAAGUGGCUGUCACUGUAAAAUAUGAACAUUGACGCGGUGGUCCAUUUGAUGGAUGGAGCGCACCUGCCCUCAUCCACACCUUAUUGCUCUUAUCUAUACGUCUGUCUGUGGAUUAUUGACUUUUGUGGCAAGUCGGGCCCAAUUUGCCACUCGGCUGUAGUCUGUCCUACAUCCCGGUCUCCCCGGCCCACCGGUGUCAUCUGAUAAGGGGAGAUCGGGCGCAGACGCAACGUUUUGGUUGCAGACAGAGCCCAAGGUCAGCACUUUAUACAAAGGUGAGAGCUGCUCAUCUUCGGUGACCAAUAAGAAUGACGACUCCCGAUGGGGGCUUCCUCUUCCUUUUAUCUUUAAACACAGAAAGUGGACACUGUUAUCGUUUUAUUCAACCCUGGAGAGGUUUAAGAGGGCUGUACAAUGAAAGUGCAGGCAGUUUUACUCGCGGAGAUCGAGAGUGGCCGAAGAGAGAGAGAGAGAGAGAGCGAGAGCUGCAACGGCAGCUACAAAGGAUAUUCCCAUCAGGCAUUACUCUUCACUGAGCUUCACACUAAAACAAGACAAGAGCAACCCACAUUACAUUUUGUCUGGACAUGAUAAGAACUUGAGUCGGAUUGGGUUUUUCUAAUUUUGAUUGUUUAAGGCCACAACGUGAGGUGCACAUCAUUUCGGUACCCUGUUACCGGGCAGAUUUCGCCAGAAAACACGGAAUACACCCUACAGGACAAGAUCGAGUCCCGUAUGUCCAAUCACCAUCGACCACCCGGUAUGGUCACGGAGUCCUCCAAGCUUGUGACCACAGCGGCGAUGGAUGCUAGCUCAGCAUCAAAGGGCUCGAGAGGCUUGAGCAAAUGUCAUAGUUUCGGCAAGAGGGAUCAAGCUAUUAAACGAAACCUCAACAUCCCGGUGGUCGUGAGGGGCUGGCUCUAUAAACAGGACAGCUCUGGAAUGAGGCUCUGGAAACGAAAGUGGUUUGUCUUGUCCGACUUCUGCUUGUUUUACUACAAAGACAGCCGCGAGGAGACGGUCCUCGGUAGUAUUCCUCUGCCCAGCUAUCUCAUCGCACCAGUUGCGCCUGAGGACCACGUCAACCGCAAAUAUGCUUUUAAGGCGAGCCACACUGGAAUGCGUUCCUACAUCUACAAUAAGAACUCUGUGAUUGGCUCACAGGCGGAACACUGUGGGAUGCGGACGUACUUCUUCAGCGCGGACACGCAGGAGGACAUGAAUGGCUGGAUCCGGGCCAUGAACCAAGCGGCGCUGAUGCAGCAAAGUCACACCAUUAAGAGGGAAAUAGAAAGGCCUGAGAAAAGCAUACAGCAGGCAUUUCCUCAGACCAAUCAUAUCACGCAGACUACACCUCAGUCAGAAAUAUUUUCAAGGAUGGACAGAGAGCACCCUCGGGAUGAUGGUGUGCGGUUGGCUCACAAAGAAGAGGGGAGGCACAUGUUGGAGGUUCAAGGAAGGCCCAGGUUGUCGGAUCCAAGGGAGAGACUCUCUCCAAACUCGUUGGACAGUGCCCCUCAAAGGAACGGCCAUCUGAGUGUCCAGCCAGGCCCCGUGCCGUCGGAACAGCACAAUGGAAACCUGUUGUAUCAGAGGGGGGCUGACACAGAGAAACAUUCACAGAGGAAGAGUACGCUGGCUCAGGUGGAGCACUGGGUCAAAGUUCAAAAGGGUGACCCGCCAAAAAGCAUUCUCUCUGCAGAGUACAACCUCCCUCGGCGAACUCCCCCCUUACAGUCCAAAGUCAGCACAGCAGACGCGUCCUGCCAGUCACUGCCAAAGUCUCCCCGCAUCCCGUCCGGCAGCAACUCUCCGUCCUUCGACCUGCCCAGCGACUACAAGUACGCUCACGACCGACUCAGCCAUUUCCGCAUGUCCACGGACGAGCGCGUGGCCACCAAGGAGGGGAUGGUGUGGCAGUUGUACGAGUGGCAGCAGAGGCAGCAGUUCCGACACGGCAGCCCCACGGCGCCCGUGUACGCCGGCUCCAACUUCACCGACUCCUCAUCUUUCACCGUCACCGUGGAGAUGCCGCGCUCCAUUUCUGUGCCACCGUCCCCCUGUGAAGUCCCACCGUCCGUCUCCCCGUCAUCCUUCAAGCCGCUGUCCCCCCGCAGGCCACACACGCCUUCAGGCAGACGGACGGUCAGGCCGCUUGAUGAUUUGUCAAGUGUGGACAACACGAGAGCGACCUCCCCGGGCCACAUCAUUACUCGCCUCUCACAGACCUCCCAGAUGGCGAGACGCUCCAUGCCAGCUAUGGGCUACAUCACACACACCGUCAGUGCACCCAGCCUCCACGGCAAAACGCCCGAGGAGCUGACUCUGCUCCUCAUUCAGCUGCGGCGGCACCAGGCCAAGAUGGCUGGUGUGCAAAGCCCAGCUGACGGUGGUGGCGGCGGCGCGUUCGCUCAUCUGCGGCAUCAGCAGCACAACGGCCUCCUAGGCACCAGCUUGCAGGCUGAUGAUACUUACAUACAACUGAAGAAGGACCUGGAAUAUCUAGAUCUGAAGAUCCAAAGUCAUGAGCCGCUGAUUGUUUCAAUUCACAGCAACUUUGAAAACGCCCCUUUUGGAUACUGUUGGAAUGUUACUGGACGGGAAAGCCUCAGAAAAGAAGCGCAGAAGCCUGUUAAAAUCGCUGAAAGUGAUGCUGAUGUGAAAUUAAGCCGACUAUGUGAGCAAGACAAGAUUCUACAGGAGCUGGAAGCCAUGAUACGUACACUGAAGGAAGAUAAGGACAAGCUGGAGUCAGUGUUGGAUGUGUCCCACCAGCAGAUGGAGCAGUACAGAGAUCAGCCAUCCCACAUGGAGAAAAUUGCUUACCAGCAAAAACUACUGCAGGAGGAUGUGGUGCACAUCAGGGCGGAAAUAUCUCAAGUGUCCACAGAGAUGGAGAAUGCAUGGAAAGAGUACAUCAGGCUGGAGAAAGAUGUAGACUGGCUCAAAGCGGCUCUGCAAGGACACAUGACUCGCACUGAUCUUUCUCAGCAAGAAAAGGUCCAGAUGAGGAAAGAGCUUUGGAGGAUUGAGGAUGUUAUCGCAGGCCUCAGCAGCAGUAAAGAUAACUACAAAGUCACUAUCUCCUCUGUGACCAACCCAGAGAGGAAAUUUGUGCCUUCCGCGUCGGCGUCAUCAGUGCCUUCGAUGUCCGGAAGCCCGCCUGCUAUGGAGAUGAGAUUGUCCCAGCAGCAGAAGCAGCCGCAGCAACAGAGCCCCCACCUCAGUCCGACUAGCCACGAUGCCACAACCCACACGCUAUCCUCCAGCUAUAGUCAACAGCCACUCCAUUCUACAACCAACACUGCUGGCCAGACAUGGGCUGAGGAAGAUGUGCCCCCCAGACCGCCUCUACCUCAAGUCUACAGUCUUGACGAACACCCCCCUGCCGUACCCCCCCUUCCCAGGGAGACGAGUGUUAUCAGGCACACCUCGGUGCGCGGGCUCAAACGACAGUCUGAUGAACGAAAGAGGGAUCGAGAGACAGGCCAAAAUGGAGACGUUAAGGUGGAACUCAGGCCUUUCUUGAGCGAUCCUGAGCUCGUGGGUGUGGGAGACGGUUCCAGCGUCACCAGCGUGACAUCAUCAGGACACAAUGGAGGGUAUCAGACUUUACCUAGCAGAGGGGUAGCCGGCUCCUCCCUCAGACUGAAUCACUCCUCAAACAUCUCAUCUUAUGUGACUCUACGGAGAGCGACGUCAGCUCCCGGUGUGAAGGAGCGAUCAAAAAGUGCCUUAGAGCGUCUGUACUCUGCAGAGGUGGCGCCUCAACGUGGAAGGAUGAGCGCUGACGAACAGCUGGAGAGGAUGAAGAGGCACCAGAAGGCUUUGGUGCGACAGCGCAAGCGCACCUUGAGCCACGGGGACCGCCGCGCCUCCACGUCGUCACGCUCCUCGUCCUCACGCCCACUCUCGGCCGACUUUGGAUCUUGGAGGAGAGAGCAGGAGUUUGACCUGCAGCUGCUGGAAAGGGCCGUCCAGGGCGAGGAGGCUCAAGCUGUGCGAAGCGUUCAGGGGGAGGAGAGGCCCCCUGAACACAAAGAGAGACCCCGAUCGCAUUCCGACGAUUGGCUGAGCUUCAGCUCUGCGACAGAGACUCCUCAGACCCUCGACGGCCUGGAAACGUCAGAUUACGAUGCAGAUAUACUCAAAGAGCUGUCAAAACCUCAGAAAGUGUUGAUUCCAGAGCGAUACGUGGAUUUAGAGCCAGAGGAGCCUCUGAGUCCUCAAGAGAUGGAGGACCGACAUCGGAAGGUGGAACGGAUCAAGAGCAUCCUCGCAAAGUCCAGUGUUCAAAAGCUGGCACCAGGGUUAUGUGCAGACAAGUCUGAGGUGAGCCUGCUGGGGCUGGACUCGGUUUUACAGGAGCAGGAGAGGAUCAUCACCAUGUCCUACAUGCUGGCCUCAGAGGCCUCCCUCAAGAGCAAACGGGUCACAGUUCCAUCACAGGGUAACAGCCCCGUCCCACCUCCUCCGCCGCCUCCUCCACCUCUUCCUCCUCCCCCUCCUCCUCUUCCUCCUGUAUCUGAGGCUCCUGUAGCCUCCUCUCCUCUAAGCAACGGCAUUCACUACACAUUUGUGUAAUACAAGAAAAAAACUCAAGCAAUUUCUGGACACUGAGGUCCUCUAUGACAAUGGCAACAAACGGCAGGAUCCUAUUAGACAACAAGCUUAGAACUGAUCCUGGAUAUAUUUGUAUCCAUCACUAGAUGAAUGUAGAACAUUUAAUCUUCUCAUACAGCACCAACAACCUCUGAAUGGAUUUUUGGUUUCCAAAAGAAAUCUGCAGCACUGAACUCUUAAAACAUAUAUUUUUUCUAUAUAUGCGAUUGCACUUUGAGGACUGAAAUAUUUUUGAGUUGGCCAUGAAUUAAUAUUUGUUGAUGUCAAAACCAAGAGGGACUAAAUCUGUCAUGACUGUAGAUUUUUACUGCAAAGAAAGUCGAUUUUGUGGGGGGGGUGGGAUGAUUUACAAAUAAUAUCCUGUACAUAUCUAGCAAAAUAACAGAUAGUCUUCUUGUAGCUUUUAUUUUUGCCUAUUUCCGGUUGGAAUAACAUUACACACAGUAUAUUUUGUGUGACUGUGAAGCUCGCACAAAAGCCGUUCAUUCAAAUGUGUCCAUUAAAGCCAUUGACACAAACUUUGGUCAGGACUGUAUGUGCACGGUAAAGAAUUUCUCUGUUAAAAAAAAAAAAAAAAAAAGAAUAAAUUACAGGCAGCAGGGACGCCAGUAUUUAUUUUACAAAGCACCUUCUGUAAUUUAUUUUAACAGCAUAGUACUGUAUUUUGGAUUACAGUACAUGACAGUGGGACAAGUGUGUUAUGGUAUUUUUACGGUACUUGCCGGUUUAGAUAUUAAAUCUGCUAUUUAUUAAUAA